AUGCAUACCUUCGUUCAGAUUCUCUCGCCUUCAGUCUUGCUCCCCUUCCUGCUACUGACAGCGCACUCGACGUGCUCUCCCCUGUGGUGGGACUUCUCGCCGGACGAAAGCACCACCGCAGUCGCCACGGGGACGUUGAGCCCCCCACACCGCGUCCGCGCUCGGUCUCCCGCCAACACGAACAUCAAUCCCGAUGCCGUCUUCGGAACGACGUGCGACGACCCGUCCGUCGAGCUCGUCACACACGACACCAACGUCGCGCUGCUCGCGAUCUGCGGCAGCAUCGCCGGGAGUAUCCAGUUCUGUGAAGGCGAUCCUGCCACUACGGUCGGAGCAUCGGGGACCAGCAAGUUCACUCUCACUGCGGUGAACGCCGACCAAGGAGCCACCAUCAACGUCAGCAAGGGAAGGUGGGAGGGAUGCAUCCGGGCCGCGAGGGCGACGUGUCCGACCGGGACGUUUACCAGUACUUGUGUUGGCGGCACGAGUGACGGGGCAGGAUUUACAUUUGUGUUGAGUGAAAACAACUGA